CAAGAACACCUCUAUAAAAUACUUGUUAUUGGUGAAUUUGGAGUAGGUAAAACAUCUAUCAUAAGAAGAUACACAGAAGGAACCUUCUUUCCAAAUUACAAAUUAACUAUUGGUGUGGAUUUUGCUUUAAAAACUAUAGAAUGGGAUACAAAUGUGAAAGUUAAUUUACAACUAUGGGAUAUAGCAGGUCAUGAACGAUUUGGUCACAUGACAAGAGUUUAUUAUAAAUAUGCAAUAGCAGCUAUAAUAGUAUUUGAUCUUUCAAGACCAGCAACAUUUGACUCAGUAUUAAAAUGGUUGAAUGAUGUUAAUUCAAAAGUAAUGUUAGGUAAUGAACAGCCUGUACCUGUUAUGUUAAUAGCCAAUAAGUGUGAUAUUGAAGAUGUACAGGUUCAACAAGAAGUAUUAAAUAAAUUCUGUAAAGAUCAUAAAUUUAUUGGUUGGUUUGCAACAUCUGCUAAAACUGAUGUCAAAAUAGAUGAAGCCAUGAAGUUUUUAAUCAACCAUAUAUUAAAAUUACCAACAGAC